UAUGCGCUGGCGUUAGUUCUUGUUUGAAGCGUAUUUUUGUUUGCGAAGGCGUUUCGUGCUCUUAUUAAGGAGCCCGCACAUACAUGCGUAGGUUUCGUCGGUUUCGUUCGCCAAAUGUUUCGCUCGUACGCUGUAACUGCAGCGAUCGCCGGAAAAGAAACAGCGGUGCGGUUGCUUUGAGCCGGACCGGAUGAAUUUCGCUGCCAAUGCGAUUCAAUGCCAAAGAAAUUGCCGCCGUCGCAUCACAGCCGUCGUACAAAUUCGAAAAGGAGGGCGUGCUCUUCAUCAAGGAGCGGCAGGAAGGGCUCUUCCGGCGAAACGAUGUGUUCACGGAACGAUGGUGCCGGCUAAGAGGCAACCUGUUUUUCUACUGCAAGACGAAGGACCCGUGUUCCGAACCAGUUGGAGUUAUUGUUCUCGAGCGUCAUUCUGUGAAGGAUGGUCCCAUUUCUGGAGGCCUCUAUUGUUUUACCAUUGCCUUUGAAGGGGACGAGCUGGCCAUACAUAUGGCAGCCCAAGGCUCAUCAGAGCGCGAGGCAUGGACGAGCGUGUUGCGGGACUCUAGUUACGAGCAUGUGCGGGAGGAAGUGCAAAUGCUCCGCUCCCGUCUCCUGUCACGUCAGCGAGAGUCCGACCCUGGCCUGUACAGCGGGCCAUCUUGCAAGCGCUCUCAGGAUGCGGAUGCCUCCUCUUCGAGCAAAAAAGACCCACUUCAAAAUGAACCAUUCCUUGAGCUUGGGCUUGCAUGUGACAACUUGCGCUGCGAUGCUGAUGGCCAGGCCCCCAACCCACUUGUUGUCGUUCUUACUGGAAGGCCUCGGCAUGGACUCUGGAGCAAGUUUGCUCAGACUGAAGUUGUUGAAAAGAGCAGCAACCCGUGUUUCCUGACCACUGUGGGAUUCCUAAAAAAGCAAGCAUGUGCAACCACCGAGGUCAAGCUCUGUGUUUACGAUGUCAGGGAACGAGUUACCUCUACGAAAACUCUGCUAGGCGAAGCCACGUUUGCCCUUGGCACACUAGUCCAAAUGCCUGGCUGCUUCCUCCGUCUUGCCCUCAUAUCACCGUCCUAUGAAAAUGUGGGUUUCGUGACCGUUACCGCCAGGGAACUUGAACCUGAGCUUACCCUGGCGAACAAAAAGGAUGCAAGCGAUCUCUUUUGGCCUACGGGAGAUCGGCGUCGCACGUACUCGUUGCCGGCAUGCAUGCCACGUCGUGCCUGCACGCCUCUGCAUGCCCAACUCAGGAUUAUCUUUGACGGCCUCAACUCGAAGACGUAUCGUUUCCACACGGGCUUGGGGGCUGAACUGCGAGUGCACGAAAUCAUGGCUGAGAGCAAGCUGUCCUUUUCUUUCCCUCAGCUGCUCCUAAAUCUGUGGAUAAAUGAAGAAAAGCAGCUGAUGGACACUGUCACUCAUCUGAGAGAGCUGAGCCCCGACUGGCAAGCCAAGCAGCUUUUAGCCAUAGAGCGUCACCUUCUGCGGAUCAACACUUACUCAGAGGCCCUGGAAAACCUGGCCAAGCAGAGGGGUGCCCAUUUCAAACCGUCCCGGUCCAAAGGGCUCGUCUCACUUGAGUUUGCCCCUGUCAACAUGCACCUGCAGAGGCUUUGGGUCCACAACACAACUAGCCACAAGAAAUGCGUUUACGAUGUGGUCACAGUGGGGGCAUUUACUGCUUAUGCCCAAAAGUUCCUGCAUGGUGGUCUGUACAAACUAUUAAAUCAGCUGAAGAAUGCCUACCCCUUGUUACAGCGGGAGGGCCAACCGUCCGUCCUGGGUCCUGACCGGCUAUCAACAGCGGCUCAGGCUGUGCUCAGCAUUGAACAUAUCAGGGAAGACAUCGAAGCCGAUGUCCAGCAGCUGAUGCAAUUAGCCGACCUCAAAGACAUCGUGGGCAUGGAGGCUGCAGCCAUCAAGAUUAGUGACAAGGCAAAGCAGUUGACAACACUGUGCAACCCAACAUUGGUUGACGAAGCACUGACUAUUUGGGAAGGGGCUCGUCUCGUCCAGCCAAACAAUGACAUUUCUGGUGCCGGCAAGACGUCUCCAAAGCGUUCCCUCCGGGCUCCACCAAUGGCACGGCUCAAGUCGGCUUCCUUGCCGCGAGAGUUUCCUGCACCACCAUGUGCAUCAUCUGGUUCCCCGUCUGAUGAGUCCUCCUGUGAUGAAGCCCCCAUUGAUUCAUUAUCCAUCAAUGGAAAUGUGUGCAGUGCUCAAGUUCGCCCUAUGCCUCAGCUGCACAAAUCAGACUCUAUGUAUUCAACUGAGGAAUCUCGUUUUUCUGGCCUUUCAGAGGAGUUUGAGCCUCUCGACCUGACUCACCUAAAUAUCCGUGCCAGCAUUAUGUGCAUGGUGGGGAGGGUGCAGCAUCUCGCUCAUGAGGAUGACGAUCAGCAUGUGGACGAGUCUGAGCUGCUCGAUCCCCUGACCCCGGUCAGCACACCGGGCGACAUGUCACCCUGGCAAGCCGAAUUGGCGCCAAGUGUACGGAAGUUGCGUCAAUCUAUGGCGUGCCUCCAGAAAGUGGCCCGGUUCACCUAUGCAUUGCUGUCACUCAAGGAGCCGCCGCCAUCAGCAUCGCUGAGUUACUCUGUUCGACAGAGACGAGAUAUCUGCUUCUCUCAAGCGCUAACAUCUCUAGUGGCCGGCCUCAUGUCCAAACUAUGGUGCCAACAGACAGACCCUCUGUUUGUGCACUGCCUGACCACAUUUGGUGUGCUGGCCCAGUUCACAGGCCUCCUCAGUUGCCAUGGAGAUGAGCUAGCCAUGCUUGAAGACAUGGUUGUAGCCAUAGAUGACCUUCGACGUGUUGCCUUUUGGCUCGAGCCAGCUACAAAUGUCUGCAGCCCAAAGCCUCGUGUUGAGGGAAGCCGAGUCUUCCUCUCAGUGCUGAUCCCAACACCGGAGACAGUGAUGACCAAAGUGCCGCACAGGGGCCGCUUUCAAUUUAGUGUCGUCCCCGUAUUUUUCAACGUUGGCAUCAAUGAACAGGCUACACUAGCUGAAAAAGUUGGUGACCAGAGCUUUCAAGAACGUAUCAACCUAGAUGGGGCAGCAUCGCUCAAGGAGUACUACAAGCAGUUUCAGAAAUUUCCUAUGCCAAAGCAUGAUGCACCAAGGGCUCGAAGCAUACAGCCACGGGAGCUGCCUCUUAUGGACGUGAUAGAGCAACUUCAAACCCACGUUCGCGGCCGUAAGAGCAAAGAUGUUGAGAUUCUUCAUCUUGCAAUGGAGGCAUGUCGUCGUAUGCGGGGCCUGCGCUUCACGAGCUGCAAGAGCGCCAAGGACCGAACUGGAAUGUGCGUGACAUUGGAACAGGGGCAGAUUCUGCUUCAAGACUUUGGUCUCGAUUCUAAGGAAGUGCCCAGGGCAGUGGCCUGCAUGCGAAGUGAGGGCACGAGACGGCACAACACCUUCAAGAACGUUGGCGUGUGCAAAUACGCCUUCAACAGCCUGCAGUUGAUGGCACUUCCCAAACAAUACCGCCCGCCGCCAGGCACCUUUGGCAAUGUCCAGUCCUAGUGGCCCUCCUCCUCUUCAAUCACACAGCAUCCUGCCAGCUUGCCAGUUCUGGAUUUUAGUGGCAUGCUCUCGACGCAUGCGUAGGAACACCCAAGCCACCAUCAUCUCCUUAGUUUUAUCAUUAACGAUUGCAUACGAGUUUUAUGUUGUCCAUCGCCAUUUUAGCACUGUUGCACAAAGUUCGCACAAGAUGCACGGUGAGGAUGUGAGGUGGUAUGACGCACGCCCACUCUUUGUCAGGCACUGUACCUACUGAAAUGUUCAAUGUGCAGUCCAAAGGGCAUGUUUGCCAUGCAUCAAGGAUUUUACGUAGAAUUGAUAUACGUCCCUUACUUACCCUAUGAUAUUGAUGUGGAAAGUGUAAGGAGUUGCUACAUCUUGAUGUGGAAGCGUUUCAACAGAAAGCCUGCAGAUUCAAGAGAGAAAGUGUCAGUGUGGCGAGUUGUGCUGACACCUCUGUUGUUUGAUACUUUAUGGUUCACUAGAAUGAGCACGUUCAAUUCUGAGAGACCUGUGGGAACGAUCGUGGUGCAAUACCUAAGUUUUGUUAGUGUUGCAUAGUUGCAUGCCUAUUGCCCCAUACCCUGUGAUCCAGGAUUUUUCUACUUCACUUGUGUGUAGUGUGGUGGAGUGAUCUCUUUAUGAAAGAUAGUUAGGCAGGUACCAAAAAGAUACUGAGGGACAAACAUGCAGUCAACCAUUGGGUUAUGAGUCAGUCCUCCAAUAUAAACAAACAAUGGUAUUUUGAGGCUAUUAGUUUUAGUAAAUACAGUCAUUUUCAUGACUUGGCUGAAAUUGAAUGUCCUUAGUCUGAUUUAGUGACUGCCUUCGGGGUCCUUUUUGAAAAUAAUGGUUUUAUAAGUCUUGAAGAAAAAAGAAAGCGGUUACUUAAAAAAAAAUGUCUUUUUUUUUUAAAUGUGCAAAAAAGUGAUGAUGUAUGCAAGCACAGAUGUACCACUGACCUGAAGGGGUUGAUGUAUUGCUUUCAAGGGUCAUGAGACAAAGUUUCUAAAUAUGUAGUUAGGUAUUUAGGAUGAGUAUUUCUCACAUCUAGUGGCAGUCUGGGAAACAUUUGUUACGAAAAGAUGCGGUGUGCCUGCAGAAAGGUUUCUAAUCCUGCACUUUUGCAAUUUCCAAGUAUGGCAUUUGUAAGGUUUUGGAGGCUGGGACACUUUAGGCUUGAGGUUGAUUUGUGGCCGAAGUAAGAGAUAUUUGUGAAAUAAGGCAAAGGUUUUUUAGGCUCUUAGUCUGCUGUGGGUAAAUUCCACAAUAUUUUCAAAAUAGUUUCACUUUCUCUAAGCAUGUAUUGGCAGCUUUUUUCUGUUUUUUGUAAGAGUGUGCUGUUUUCAUUAUCAAGAAAAAAAAAACUCGUAAAAAUGUGCAUAGGGCAGUUUUAAGAGUGUCCAUGCGUGGCAUAUCCUCACUUUUUCUUCUCUUUAAGAACCAAAGCUCAAUUUAAUAUAUGCCCUCCAAUUUGUUAUGCUUGAUACUUGAAAGGUAUAGGAAAUGGUGCCAAUAAUGUUGUGUGGGCUUUUAUAUUGCAAGUAAACCAUCGUUGCCAUAAGGAUGCGUAGCUGUAAUGGCACUGUAAAUUGUGACAUUUUUGUACAUAGAUAGAUUGUAUAUCACUAAUGAAAGCAAGCACUUGCUUCUUUGUCUUAACACACUACUUCCCUCUAGCAUUCUAAUGUACUAGUCCCUCCUCAUGUGAGCACUGUGAUUGUAUGUGUGUGGUUUCAUAUUUUUGUUACACAUAUUUUGAAGUUUAUAUGUACACGAAUAUGAUGUGUUUUUGCUUAUUACAGUUCAUCUUUCGUUGCAAUGGCAACAGACUCCUAGUUAAGCACCAAUGACGGGCUCCGAAAAUGUUUUUAUAAUUUAUCCGCAUUUCGGGUUUCCACAUACUUUAUUCUUUCAUUCUGUGGGUAACUGAACCAGGCAAAUUUGUCAAAAUUUUCAGCUUAUCAGAUAUUGAAUGUUGAUGGAGUUUGCCUUGAACAAUCUGCUGUUUUACAAGCCUAUAUUUGCCUGAAAAUUUUCUUUAUGUGUAGAGGUCAAGUUGAUGCCAUAAGCAACUGUCUACUUUGUCACAGUAGUUUCUUUUGGCUUUGGGUGCCUGCCAGAUAGAAGUUUAUUUUCAUUAUUCGCUUUUCUGAUUUGCAGUGUCAUAUUGCGACCCCCUGCUACAGGACGUGCGAAUUACAAAGCAAUGAUUACACAUAUUAUUCCUAAAUAUGCUGUAUUCUUCUAAAUGAGAUAGCCGUACCACUAUCAGAAAUAUAAGCAUCAUGCAAGGAUGAUGCCAUUAGUGGGAAUGGUGCUAUAUAUUAUCAUGUUGCUUAGCAAUGUCAGGAUUUCAGCACUUGAGUUUCUUCACCUAAAAUAUAUAGUUUACGGCUUGUAGUGAUCAUUUAUUCAUUUUUUUAAGUAUUUUGCAAAGCGUAAGCAUUUAGCAUGUUUCAUUCUGGUCUAAAUUUUUAACAGGGAUUUAUUUUUUUGAAAUGUUAGCUUGUGUCGGGUGUUAGGUAAAGGGAGCCACAAGCUUCAAUAUGCUUCACAUUAUGUGUGUGUUUUGAAAAAAAAAAAAAACUUUUCAAACAGCUUUGAAGCAGCACAAUAAGGGCUUUGGCAAUAGCUAUGCUCCCAUACAUUGGAAGACAUUUUUAAGUCUUUAUUACAAGUUGCAUGGCAGUGCUGAAGGGGACUGUUAGGACAAAGUAGUUUGUCUCUUCUUGUUUAGCAUCUGUGUUGUUUUCUUGCCCUGACCACCUCACUUGCGAAAGGUGCACACUUUGCAAAUGCUCACCACAGCUGUGUCUCUUGUGCACGGCUUUCAGCUCUUUCCAUAAUACUAGCCAGUCUUUGUAAGUGUUGUUGGGGAUACUUGUUGUGUUACCUCUUGGCAUUUUGUUUUUAUACCUGCGACAAUGCAAAUUGUUGUGCGAGAAUACAUGUACGAAUACUGUGGAGUAAACAAUUCUUUAUUCAUCG